CCGAUCUGCCCAACGAGUACAACGCAUGAGACAUUCUUUAUCUUUUUUGCAAGGCUUUUCGUUGAGUGCAUAGAUCGGUGCACUAUAGUUGGAGAUGCAGGGGUCGUCGCCUCACCAGAGCGUUGGGAAACAGAAGAGAGAUCUUUUGCCCACUGGUACAAGAGGUAGAUCAUGGCAAACAGAAUCUUCAUACAUCCCGAGGCAAGCCCUCGGCGACCCUCCAUUGUCUACCUUCGAGCAAAUAGAAUCAACCUUUAUCAAGACAAUUAAGCCAGACUCUAUAGAUUCAAGUUACCACCCGGCACGAACAAAACAACCAACGCAAAGACUCGCCGAUGCUGCCCCCAAGAGUGAGAUUGUGGCAUCUCCCCAAGUAAUAGCUCCAGAAAAACAACACUUGUCACCGGGGCUACGGCCAGAUAAGGGCUCAAAGAAAGAUAGAGAGUCAUUCCGAACAGCUCUUGUGAAUAUCGUGAUGCAAGCCGCGCCUGGUUCUCUUACACCAGUGCUUCCCCAAAUCGAUGUAGAGGUCAAUGAAGAUCUGCCAUCUGCAUCUUUGCAAGAUAAAGAUAUGAUGCAACGAUAUUAUUACUAUAUUACGAACGGAAUAGAUACACAUCACGUUGCGAAAAUGGAAGACGAAUGGCUUGCAAAUGUUUUGAAGUUGCUCCCGCAAUCUUUAAAAGUAUGGCACCAAAAUACGUUGCAGGCACUUUCUGGGGAAAUGAGAGAAGAUUACCACAUGAGCGUGAAAAAGGCCAUUGUAGAUUUUGUUUUGAAGGAUCCUCGACAAAAGGUUGAGUAUGGUGGCCCAGAAAAGGCUGGAAAUGAAAGCUUUGUUAUGAUCCGGCGUUCGACCCCAACGUGGCAGAUGGCGUACGUUCAAGCCUAUCAAAGCAUACAAUCUUCGCUUUUUAUUAUCAACCCCACGAUAGCGGAGAUACAGGAUCUUUGGCACAACUUUGAGGACAUUCGGCUAUUUGACAUGGAUGCAGUCUUCAGCAAAGGAGGUGCAUUUGAACUGCGCGCCUUCAAAACUACUCUAACGCAGCGUUUUGAGAAGGCGCACGAAAAGCUCAUGACCAGCUGGUAUCCGGCCAUGUUGAAUGUCUUCUAUCAAGGCACCAAGCGCAAUGAAUGGUCCUCCAUUCCAACAGAAAGAAUGGAAACGUUCUUCCGAACCGUUUCAUUUAUUCUCGCAAAUCAAUUACGUCUCAUUGUAUCGCGAUCGCUUGAAGACUUCGUUUCUCUUUUCGACACUGACAACCGUCCAGCUGGCAAGAGUUUCGAAAAUUCUCAGCCGCUUUCUUUUGUCGUUCGCCUCGUUUUGGAUGAUACAAGGGUGGUUUUCGAGCCAUCUGCGAAGGAUAUCUUGACGACUGUGGACAGCCUCCUGGAUGCUCUACUUGUAGCGGCCGACAGAGUUCCGAAGAUCGAGACGCAGCUUUUCUCCACCGGACAAGCCGUUACGAGUACACGGGCGGGAAUCAUGAACCUGAAGCCUGAACAAUGUAUCAAAGUGACAUUUGCAGAGACUUUCCCGGUGGUAGUGGAAGAGGCACGGGAAAAUCUCAAGAGUAUUAUCUCGAAGCGUUUACAGCUGCCGCAGGUCUAUCUGCAGGAAUUUGAUAAGCACCGUGCAUUGAUAGGGAAAACUGCAGAGAAAGAUGUCGCAGUAUUCCUCACCACGGAGCCAACCUCGGAUAAAAUGAUGGAGGAAGUUAAGCGCUACCGUGAGCUUGCUUCGGCGAAGAUCCACAGUGCAUACCCCUUCAUUGUGAACUUCCCAUUAAUCGAACUUCAUUGCGAAGACUUCAUCAAUACCUUAUCGGAGCGUGCAAUUACCUUGAGCAACAAUAUCCUAGACCACCUAAAUUCCAUCUACCGCACCGACUGCAAUCAGAUCAUUGCGUCUUUCGAGGCCAUCUCCAAGAAAAUGCUUACGCCACCCAGUAACGUAGAAGAAAUGGUUGCACUUCAGAAGUUUAUUGACGAAACAAGAACGGUUACAAUGCGCUCCCUUGAGGAAUUGGUGGACGGAGCCAAGCGGAGAUUGAACUUCAUGUUGAUUUAUUCUAAUUUAAAUGCCGAGGAUUACGAACUCAAUACUGGCUUAUUCACUUGGCCACAGAAAAUGCAACCGACAUUUGUUGAAGGAGAAAACAUUCUCAUGCGAUCACGGUCCACUAAUCAAGACGAGCUCAAAGCCCGCAGGGAAAAGUUGCUUGCCGAGCUCGACGGAUACGCCAAGCAGAUUGAAGAGUAUCAUACAUUUGGCAACUAUGAGGAGCUUUCAAAGUAUCUCAAAGCUGCCCAGAAACUGCAAGCGCGUUUGGAUUCGAUUGCAGAACGAAUUGUUGCCUUUAAUCGCGAGGAGGAACUUUUUGGUUGGGAAAGCACAAAGUUCAAUGCUCUAAACACCGCGUUGGACGCAUUGGCACCAUUCCUUACACUGUAUCAAACAUCAGUCGAUUUCCAGCGAUGCUACCACAGUUGGAUGACAGGGCCGUUCCUAAAACUAGAUCCAGAAGUUGUGGAUGCCGAAGUGACGAACAUGCGCAGAAAUAUUUUCAAGCUUUCUUUGUCUUUUGAGAACAACCCAGCGCCCUCAGAAAUCGCAGAGAUCACCAAGGAGCAGAUUGAGAGGUUCCAAGUGUCAUUGCCCUUAAUCAGCACCCUCUGCAAUCCUGGUCUGAGAGAACGCCAUUGGAAAGAGAUCAGCCAGGUUGUUGGAUUCAGAUUCCAGCCUGAUGAGACAACAAGCUUGUCGGGAGUCCUUGAGCGAAAUUUGAGCGAACACAUGGACCGACUGGAACAGAUCAGCUCAGUGGCAACCAAAGAGUAUUCCUUCGAAAAAGCUCUCCAGAAGAUGUAUGCCGAAUGGCAGGCCAUGGAGUUUGGCACUGUAGAAUAUCGCGACACCGGAACCCAUAUUUUGUCAUCCGUGGAUGAGAUACAGUCAUUGUUCGAUGAUCACAUUGUCAAAACGCAAACCAUGCGUAGUUCUCCAUUCAUUAAGGCAUUUGAUGAAGAAACCAGGGCUUGGGAGGAAAGGCUUCUUACAAUGCAGGAAAUUGUCGAUGAGUGGCUGAAGGUACAGGCAACUUGGCUGUAUCUGGAACCAAUUUUCAGUUCGGAAGACAUCAUGAGGCAAAUGCCUACAGAAGGCAAACGGUUUGUCUCUGUCAAUAAGACUUGGAAAGACAUUAUGGCUUUCUGCGUUGUGGAUCAGCAUGUGCUUCGCGUGUGUGCGAUGCCGGAUCUCCUCCACAAGCUUACGGAUAGUAACAAUGAGCUGGAGCUAAUCCAAAAAGGCUUAAACCAAUAUCUUGAGGUUAAGCGACUCUUCUUUCCUCGGUUCUUUUUCUUGUCGAACGAUGAGAUGCUCGAAAUUCUCUCCGAGACUCGUGAUCCAAAGAGAGUUCAACCCCACCUCAAAAAAUGUUUUGAAGGAAUCAACAGUCUUGAAUUCGACGAAGAUGUCGAAAUUCUUGGCAUGUACAGCAGCCAGAAAGAGUACAUCAAAUUCAGCCAUCCCAUAUCUACGGCUGCAGCCGCUGGUGCAGUUGAGCGCUGGUUGUUGGAUGUGGAGAGAGCGAUGCUGGCAAGCAUGCGCACUGUAACGGCGGCAGCAUAUGAAGACUACAAAGAGACACCUCGUGAAGAGUGGGUGUUGAAAUGGCCUGGGCAGGUUGUACUUGGUGUCAGUCAGAUUUUCUGGACGAGGGAGGUAGAGUUUGCUAUUUUAGAGGGCAGACAAAAUGGCCUGGCAAAAUACGUUGAUCAGAGUACCGAGAGACUUUCAAAAGUUGUUGAGCUGGUCCGAGGGAAUCUCUCCCGACUUGCUCGAACGACGCUGGAAGCACUCGUCGUGAUUGAUGUUCAUGCUCGCGACGUUGUAAGCAAGCUGGAUGAAGAUAAGGUCAGCAGUACCACGGACUUUGGAUGGCUGAGUCAAUUGCGAUACUAUCUACCUGAUAAAGACACUGGGGUAUUGGUGAAGAUGAUUAAUUCUGUUCAAAAGUACGGUUACGAGUACUUGGGAAACACUGGAAGACUGGUCAUUACUCCGUUGACGGACCGGUGUUAUCGGACGCUUUUUGGAGCGUUACAGCUCAAUUUGGGGGGCGCACCAGAGGGUCCGGCUGGAACGGGAAAGACCGAAACGGUCAAGGAUCUUGCAAAGGCUUUGGCAAUGUUCUGUGUUGUUUACAACUGCUCUGACGGUCUCGAUUACAUUGCAAUGGGCAAAUUCUUCAAGGGCCUUGCUUCGGCAGGUGCUUGGGCAUGCUUUGACGAAUUCAAUCGAAUAGAUUUGGAGGUCUUGUCAGUCGUGGCUCAACAGAUUCUCACGAUUCAGAGAGCUAAGGCGGCGAAGCUGGAAAUAUUCACCUUUGAAGGAACAGAGUUAACUCUGAACCCAGUCUGCAACUGCUUUAUCACCAUGAAUCCGGGAUACGCCGGGCGUAGCGAACUUCCAGAUAACUUGAAAGCUCUGUUCAGACCUGUCGCUAUGAUGGUGCCCGAUUACACUCUAAUUGCAGAGAUCAGUUUAUACAGCUUUGGCUUCGUCAAUGCCCGUAGCUUAGCGGUGAAGAUCACAGCUACCUACCGACUAUGCUCGGAGCAACUCAGUUCUCAGGAUCACUACGAUUACGGCAUGAGAGCUGUGAAGUCCGUUUUGAAUGCAGCUGGAGCCUUAAAGUUGAAGUAUCCAAAUGAAAAUGAGAAUAUCCUUGUUCUCCGGUCCAUCAUUGAUGUUAAUCUGGCAAAAUUCCUGGUUCAGGAUAUUCCAUUGUUCAAAGGCAUUGCGGCGGAUCUAUUCCCGGGGGUCUCGUUGCCUACACCAGACUACGAGAAGCUUAUCAAAGCCAUUCAGGCCAACUGUGCACGUUCAAAUCUGCAACUGGUUCCAGCUUUCCUAGAAAAGAUCUUACAGAUCUACGAGAUGAUGUUGGUGCGGCAUGGUUUCAUGUUGGUGGGAGAGUCAUUUUCUGGAAAGACUGCUGCUUACAGAGUCCUGCAAGGUGCACUCAGCGAUAUGAACAAAGAAAACGCAGAACUGGAGGCCAAGGUCCUGACCUACGUUUUGAAUCCGAAGUCGAUCACCAUGGGUCAGCUGUACGGGCAAUUUGAUCCGGUUACGCAUGAAUGGUCUGAUGGAGUUCUGGCAGUGGGCUUCCGCGGUUUUGCUUCUUCCCAAAGUCCCGAACGCAAAUGGAUCAUAUUUGACGGUCCCGUGGAUGCGGUUUGGAUUGAAAAUAUGAAUACGGUGCUUGAUGACAACAAAAAGCUCUGCCUAAACAGUGGUGAAAUCAUUCAGCUUUCGUCGACAAUGAGCAUGAUUUUCGAAGUCCGCGACUUGGCGGUUGCGUCUCCAGCGACUGUCAGUCGAUGUGGUAUGAUAUACAUGGAACCAAGUCGCCUAGGCUGGCGAGACACAAUAUUUGUGUCCUGGUUAGCUCGAAGUCAGCUGGAUGAAGGCCAGAAAAAGGUGAUGGUAGCCAUGAUUGAUUGGCUUGUGAGCUCAUGCUUGUCCUUCGUGAGAAGGGAAUGCGUUGAGCUGUCUGAGACCAGUGAUAUCAACAUGGUCACCUCACUUCUCAAUAUCUUUGAAAGCUUGCUGGACGACUUUGCACAAGACAAAUCAGCUGAACUUACUACUCGAUGCAUUCAAGGAGCGUUCAUCUUCUCGCUGGUUUGGUCUGUCGGCGCGAGCGUUAAUGAAAACGGCAGAGCAAAGUUUUCCCAGCACCUGCGUACACUCUGCAGCGGCGCUUUGCCCAACGGGUUUUCCUUUGAUGCCCAAUUCCCGGAAGGAGCCGUAUAUGACUUCGUUUUUGAAAAAACUGACGGGGGAUCUUGGCGACCUUGGGUGGACACAAUUCCUACUGACUGGGCUAUUCCAUCCAAGAUGAAAGUGGACAACAUCAUGGUUCCAACGGUGGAUACAGCGCGGUAUGGAUUUUUGCUUCAGCUCUUGGUCCGGCAUCAGAAGCAUGUUCUGUUUGUUGGACCGACAGGAACUGGAAAGUCGAUGUACAUACGCGACGGUUUAGUCAAUCGUCUGCCCAAAGAUGUCUACAUACCUGCUUUCAUAAAUUUUUCGGCUCAAACUACAGCGAAUCAGACUCAGGAGAUAAUAGAGUCAAAGCUUGAUAAACGCCGCAAAGGAGUUUAUGGACCACCUAUGGGGAAAAGGUCGGUGAUCUUUGUGGAUGAUCUAAACAUGCCGGCCCGUGAAGUGUAUGGAGCGCAGCCGCCGAUUGAGUUGUUGAGACAAUGGAUGGACCAUGAAGGUAAGCCUUCAAUUCCAUUCCCUCUCUUGAAUCCGGCAUUUAUCAAUAAAUUUGAGGCUAUCCAAUUUGUUGGUGCCAUGGGACCUCCGGGUGGGGGCCGUAACCCUGUGACUUCCCGGUUUCUUCGACACUUCAACACAAUUACUAUGACCUCUUUCGAUGAUACGGCCUUGCACCGAAUUUUUGAAACCAUCUUGGUAUGGCAUUUGACGUCCAAUAAUUUCCCAAAGGAGAUUAUCGAUAUGUCGAAGUCAGUUGUCGAUGCCACCCGACAGAUUUACAGAGGGGCAAUGUCAAAUCUCCUGCCAACUCCUAAGAAAUCUCAUUACACUUUCAAUUUGCGCGACUUUUCCAGGGUUAUACAGGGAGUUUUAUUAGCUCGUCCGGAAACGGUCAGCAACAAAGAAAAGAUGGUCCGACUGUGGCUACACGAAGCGUAUCGUGUUUUUUAUGAUCGGUUGAUUGAUGAUGAUGAUAGAAAAUGGUUCUUCACCUUCAGCAAAACGGAAAUUGUCAAAGCCGCCUUUAAUCUCGAAUUCGAUAAAGUCUUCCGCAUGUACGAUUCAAAUGCUGAUGGAAUUGUAGAAAUCGAUGAUCUACGAAGUCUCAUUUUUGGAACAUACCUAUCUCCUCGGGAUGCAGCCGGCAGAGCUUAUGAUGAAAUAACAGAUCUCAAUGCACUGACCGAAUUUAUGGAGAAAAGCUUGGGAGAAUUUAAUCAAGUUAGCAAGAAGCCCAUGGAUUUAGUAAUGUUUCGGUUUGCUAUUGAGCACCUCUCCAGAAUAAGUCGAGUUCUGCAACAACCACGCGGCAACAUGCUGUUGGUGGGUGUUGGUGGGAGUGGUCGACAAAGCUUGACUAGGAUGGCGGCAUAUCUUGCAGAAUAUGAGGUGUUUCAAGUGGAGAUAUCAAGAAAUUAUAACGCACAGGCGUGGCAUGACGAUCUAAAGAAGUUGUAUAAGUCGGCAGGCGGUCUUGGCAAGCCUACUGUGUUCUUGUUCAGUGACACGCAAUGUCAAGAAGAAUCAUUCCUAGAGGAUAUUAACAACAUGCUGAAUGCUGGUGAAGUACCAAAUCUUUUUGCGGCCGAUGAGAAGCAAGAGCUGUUUGAACUGAUGAGAUCGGAUACUCGGAGCGCUGGACGUGCAGCGGAUUCGUCACCCGCAGCAAUGUUCCAGUGGUUUUUGGACCGUUGCCGAGAAAACCUUCACAUAUGCCUGUGCAUGAGUCCCGUCGGUGAUGCGUUCCGCAACCGUUUACGCAAGUUCCCAUCCCUGAUUAAUUGCUGUACAAUCGACUGGUUUACCGACUGGCCAGAUGACGCACUGAUGGCAGUAGCAAAGAAAUGCUUGUCGGAUAUCGAAAUGGAGGACGACGUACGAAAAAAUGUGGUAGCAAUGUGCAAGCACUUUCACGAGAGCACCCGUGCGCAGUCAACUAGAUUCUUGAGCAUCAAUAAGAGACAUAAUUAUGUUACCGCCACCUCAUUCAUCAUGCUUAUCAAGACGUUUAAAGACCUGCUGGGGUUGAAACGCUCAGAGGUGCUUAAACUUCGAGAUCGAUAUGUGAAUGGUUUAGAGAAGUUGAGUUUUGCAAAAGCCUCCGUCUCCAAAAUGCAGGUGGAUCUGGGUGAGCUACAACCGCAGCUCAUCAAGACAAAGGAGGAAACAGAUGUUAUCAUGCGUCAAAUUGAGAAAGAAUCGGUUGAAGUGGCACAGGUGAAGACGGUAGUUAAGGCGGAUGAAGAGGUUGCCACUAAGAAAGCAAAUGAAGCGACGGCCAUAAAAGAGGAUUGUGAAGCUCAAUUAGCAGAGGCUAUACCCGCUUUGGAAGCCGCCAUAGCUGCUUUAGAUACCUUGAAGAAGAGUGACAUCGAUAUGCUCAAAACAAUGAAGAGCCCUCCCUCAGGUGUAAAAUUUGUCAUGGAGGCAGUAUGUGUCAUGAAGGAUGUCAAACCUGUCAAAGUUACCGAUCCUAGCGGAAAGAAGGAAGAGAGUUAUUGGGUUCCGGCCCAAAAGCUGCUCGGAGAUGCCGGAUUUCUACCCAGCUUGAAAUCCUAUGAUAAAGAGAACAUUGACCCCAAAAUAAUGAAAGUUAUUCGAGGAAAAUUUAUCGAUCAUCCGGAGUUUGACCCUGAAAAGGUGGCCAAAGCGUCAUCCGCCGCAGAAGGUCUUUGCCGCUGGGUGCGUGCAAUGGAGUCAUACGAUCGAGUCGCUAAAAUCGUAGCACCGAAGAGGGAAGCGCUCGGCAAAGCACAGGCGGAACUUGCCGAGGUGAUGGCAAAAUUAAAUGAAAAGAGAGCAGCGCUGAAGGCUGUCGAAGACAGAAUGUCCAACCUUGAGGAAAAGUUCCGGGCCAUGACGGAUAAGAAAGAUCAGCUGGAGAAGCAAGUUGAAUCUGUAUCAAACCAGUUGGUUCGAGCGGAAAAGCUGAUCGGCUCUCUUGGAGAUGAGCGAGACAGAUGGACGCAGACUGCUGCCGACUUACAAAAGCAGUAUAUUGCAUUGACAGGAGAUGUGUUAGUGGCAAGUGGCAUGGUCGCAUACUUGGGCGCUUUUACCAAGGCAUUUAGAGAUGAAUGUGUUGUCGAAUGGACGAGAGCCUGCAAAGCUAAAAGGAUACCCUGCUCAGAAACGGACGACAUCAAACUCGCCAGCGUUCUUGGUGAUCCUAUUUUGAUACGGGAAUGGAUAUUAGCAGGACUUCCAAAUGAUGCAUUCUCAAUUGACAACGGUGUGAUCAUCAAGAACGCAUACCGUUGGCCUUUAAUGAUUGAUCCACAAGGACAAGCGAACAGGUGGAUCAAGAACAUGGAAAAGGCGAAGAACCUACAGGUCAUCAAAUUGACGGAUGCGGACUAUAUCCGUACUCUUGAGAAUGCUAUUCAAUUCGGGACUCCGGUUCUCCUGGAGAAUGUUUUAGAGGAAAUCGAUCCUGUCCUGGAGCCCUUGCUUUUGAAGCAGACAUUCCGUCAAGGAGGAGUCACCUGCAUACGACUAGGAGACAGCACCGUGGAAUAUUCCCCAGAGUUCCGAUUUUAUAUAACCACCAAACUUCGAAAUCCGCAUUACCUACCUGAGCUUUCCACUAAAGUAACAUUAUUGAAUUUCAUGAUAACCCCUGAGGGACUCGAAGACCAGCUUCUUGGAAUUGUUAUAGCCAAAGAACGGCCUGAGUUGGAAGAAAUGAAGGCACAACUUGUUAUACAGAGUGCCGAGAACAAAAAGCAGUUGCAGGCGGCCGAAUCCAAAAUUCUUGAAGUGCUAUCCUCUUCUCAGGGCAACAUUUUGGAAGAUGAAACUGGUAUUCAAAUUCUUUCCUCCUCGAAAGCCCUGGCGGUAACUGUUAGCGAGAAGCAAGUUGCGGCAGAGGCAACAGAGCGUAAAAUUGAUGAAAUUCGCGUUGGGUAUAAACCAAUAGCGCUCUACGCAUCCGGCCUCUUCUUUUGCAUUGCUGAGCUGGCGAACAUUGAGCCAAUGUACCAGUACAGUCUUACGUGGUUCAUCAACUUAUUCAUCCACUCUAUCGAAUCAAGCGAGAAAUCAUCGGAUUUAGUAACCCGCCUAGCGACCUUACGCACGCAUUUCACAGAAGCUCUUUACAGAAACAUAUGCAGAUCUCUGUUUGAAAAGGACAAGCUUGUGUUCUCGUUUCUCUUAACCAUUGCUAUUCUGCGGGGACGUGGGGAGAUUGAUGCGGACGAGUGGAGAUUCCUUCUGACUGGCGGAAUCGGUCUUACUGCAACGAAAACACCAAAUCCGGAUGCUUCAUGGAUUAGUGACAAAUCCUGGAGUGAAAUAUGUCGACUAUCUACAUUGACGGCGUUCACAGAUAUUGAUAAAGUGUUCAGCGAAAACGCAAGCGACUGGAAGCGCAUAUUCGAUAGUCCCACCCCGCAGGACCUCUCCCUUCCUGGCAAGUGGAAGGAUACGUUAAACCCUUUCCAAAAACUCUGCGUUCUUCGUACUUUGCGUCCGGAUAAGAUGAUUGCCGCCAUAUCUUUGUUUAUCAUCGAGAAAGUGGGAAAUCGGUUUGUCGAACCUCCACCAUUCGAUCUAAGCAGUAGUUACGCUGACUCAAAUCCAUGCGCCCCACUGAUAUUCGUACUUUCGCCUGGGGCGGAUCCCAUGACGAGUCUGCUCAAAUUUGCAGAAGAAAAGAGAAUGGGGGGUAAUCGCCUGAAUUCUAUUUCGCUUGGACAGGGACAAGGACCGAUCGCCGCAAAAAUGAUCAGCGCAGGUGUGAACGAAGGCUCCUGGGUGGUUCUUCAAAACUGUCAUCUUGCGAUCAGUUGGAUGUCUAGUCUUGAAAAGAUCUGCGAAGAACUUUCGCCGGAGUCUACACAUAGGGACUUCCGUUUGUGGUUGACCUCAUACCCUAGCGACAAAUUCCCCGUAACAUUACUUCAGAACGGAGUGAAGAUGACGAAUGAACCGCCCGCAGGCUUGCGCGCCAAUCUGCAAAAGUCAUAUAUGAGCGAUCCACUGAAUGAUAAAACCUUCUAUGAAGGAUGUAAGCAGCAACAAGUUUUUGAGAAGAUGCUGUUUGGCUUGUGCUUCUUCCACGCAAUGGUACAAGAACGAAGGCAAUUUGGACCAAUAGGAUGGAAUAUUCCGUAUGAAUUCAACGAUACAGAUCUCAGAAUAUCCGCGCGACAGUUACGAAAUUUCCUCAGCGAAUAUGACGACAUCCCGUACGAUGCACUUGCGUACUUGACCGGGCAAUGCAAUUACGGUGGACGAGUGACCGAUGACAAGGACCGACGUUGCUUGAUGACAUUGCUCGAUCUCGUGUAUAACCCAGGCAUCCAAAAGGACAAUUACAGCUUUUCCCCCAGCGGGGUCUAUCACGUUCCCUCGACAACAAGUCAUGCCGGGAUCCUAGACUAUAUCAAAAAUCUCCCAUUGGAGACCAGACCAGAAGUGUUCCACUUACAUGAAAACGCCGACAUUACGAAAAGCCAAAUGGACACGGAAAACUUCUUUCGCUCGAUAAUGCUAACCCAGGGACGAGCUGACUCUGGUGGCUCGCGUUCCACAGAACAAAUAGUUUCUGAAGUCGCUGCCGAUAUGCUCAAUAGAUUACCACCGGCGGUGGAUACUCAGCAAGUCUCCACCAAGUAUCCCGUGAGCUACAUGGAAAGUAUGAACACGGUGCUACUCCAGGAAGUGAUUCGAUUCCGAAAUCUGACGGAGGUCAUACGUGAGAGCUUGAUCAACAUUCAAAAGGCCAUUAAGGGUUUAGUGGUCAUGUCCUCUGAUCUGGAAGAUGUGCUACAAAGCAUCCUGGUUGGCAGCAUACCUAAAAUGUGGGCAGGAAAAUCAUAUCCCUCCAUCAAACCUCUGCCGUCCUAUUUUAACGAUCUCCUGCAACGCCUUACGUUUUUCCGGAAAUGGAUUGACGAAGGACCGCCAAUUGUCUUUUGGCUCAGUGGAUUCUUUUUCACCCAAAGUUUUCUUACGGGAUGCUUGCAAAACUAUGCCCGGAAGUACACCAUUCCCAUCGACUUGUUGACGUUUGAGUUUCAAGUACAGCCUACCCGCAGUGCUGGGGUACGCCCGGAAGAAGGCGCUUACAUCAAUGGAAUUUUCUUGGAGGGGGCCCGAUGGGAUAUUGAAGAGAAUUCAAUUGUAGAGAGUUAUCCAAGGGUUCUUUAUGAUGCAUUGCCCAUUAUAUGGUUGAAGCCAGGAGAGAAAACGAAAUUUGAAUCGAAAGAUACUUAUGACUGUCCGGUGUACAAAACUAGCGCGCGAAGAGGAACGUUGUCAACUACCGGGCAUAGUACCAACUACGUAAUGUCCAUGCGGAUACCAACGAAAGCGCCAGAAGAGCAAUGGAUAAGAAGAGGAGUGGCUGGCCUACUGCAACUUAACGACUGA